AGGGUGAAGUCGAAGGAUGGCGUGGCGUUCCUGGGGGCGCGGGCCAGUAACCCAGUCCUAUGGACAGUGAGUCAGGACGUGAGGAGUGAGGGACACAGGGUCAUCACCCUCCACUGUCACCGCAAGGAGAACACCUUCGGUCAGAGACCAGAGGCGGGCUACCAGAGGGUCGUCCAGGUGGAUCUGGAGGUGAACGGGCUGCUGGACCCACUGGGCAGCCGGGUGGUGACGUGGCAGGUGGAGUACCCUCUAACUCGCUCCCUCACUGACGAGAUCCAGACCCUCAUCCGCCUGGCUCCACAGGACCUGGGUGGCAUUGUGCCACUGGCCAUGAACACUGAGAUCCUGAAUACAGCCGUGCUCACCGGGAGGACAGUUGCCGUGCCGGUAAAGGUGGUCACCGUGGGAACAGACGGCACAGUUACGGAUGUAACAGAGUCGGUGGAGUGUCGGUCAACCGAUGAAGAGGUGGUCAAGGUGUCGGAUCGUUGUGACUAUGUGUUUGUUAAUGGGAAGGAGACGAGGGGGAGGAUGAGGAUGGUGCUCAACUUCACCUACAGCUACCUGAGUGCCCAACUGGAGAUGAGUGUGUGGAUGCCCCGCCUCCCACUGCUUAUCGACGUGGCCGACCCCGAACUCAGCCAGAUCAAGGGCUGGAGGGUCCCCGUGGCUGCCGGCAACAGGAGGUAUGAGAGGGUGAGUGAGGAUGAUGGUGAUAAAGUGGACAGUGAUAGGACAGAGAGUGGCUGUGUCCCUCAGUACCAGAGCACCACGGUGCGGGUCUUCACACACUUUGUGGCCCUGGGAGCUGAUGGGCUGGGCCAACAGGACUUCCUGCUGGGCAGUGAUUGGCAGGUGGACGUGACUGACCUGGUCCAGGAUUCGCUGAGGGUGGAGGACCAACGUGUGGCCCGCCUACUGAAGGGACAGGUCCUGAUGGGCCUCAGCACCGGCACAGCCAAACUACAGGUGAUGUCUCCUCUGUCUGACUUGAUCCUGGCUGAGCGGAUGGUCAGGGUUCUGGAAGACAAAGUGAGUGUGACAGAGCUGGGAGUGCAGCUGGUCUCUGGCCUCUCUCUGUCCCUCCAGCUCAGCCCAGGGAGCAACAGGGCCAUCAUCGCCACGACUACCACACAGGAAGUAAUGCAGAAACUCAAACAGGAGUCCCUUAUUAGUGCCUGGCUUCAGUUCAGUGACGGCUCCAUGACCCCUCUGGACCACUAUGACCCCGCCCACUUUGUGCUCACAGCCACCUCAUUGGACGAGCAGGUGGUGUCAGUACAGCGCAGCGCGGAGUGGAAGUGGCCGGUCAUCGUGGCGAAGGGCGAAGGUCAAGGGUUACUGGUGCGCGUAGAGAUGACAUCAUCAGAGAGCUGCCAUAAGACGAAGCGACGCAUCAUCCUGGCAGCUGGGGUAGGAAACGUCCGUGUUAGGUUUGGCAGCUCUGAGGAUCCGUACAGCCGCCCCGGAGGCAGAACCCGACCAGACCUGCCCUACUAUGGAGGCUCCAUCUCUGACAUUGAGGCUGGAAUCAUGAAUCGGGGCGCUACCACGGUUAAGGCCCCCAUCCCGGUGCGGCCCAACGGGGACAGGCUGUCGGCCGACGGAGGAGUCCCUGGAGAGUUCUCUGAGUUCCCUGCCCAGGCGGAGCUGCCACGGGGCCGCAGCACAGAGGAAGACCUGCUGUCGUCCCGCCGUGGCCUUACAGACCUGGAGAUCGGUAUGUACGCCCUGCUGGGGGUCUUCUGCUUGGCCAUCCUGGUCUUCCUCAUCAACUGCAUCUCCUACGCCCUCAAGUACCGCAGCAAGGAACUGCCCCUGGAGGCCCCUGAGGCAAUGCCCCAUGCCCACGACUGGGUGUGGCUGGGCCAGGAUGAGGGCUUAUGCCUGCAGCAGCAGCAGGACGAGCUGGGCUCAACCCUGGAGGAGGGCAGCCAGCUGCUGAAUGGAGGGGCCCUGAAGGGCAGUGCCCAGGGAAGCUGUCCCGGAGGCAGGAACGAGUCACUCAACUCACCCACCACCAAGAGGAAGAGGGUCAAAUUCACCACGUUCUCCAACGUCAAGCCCAAUAACGGAUGCCCAGUUCUGAGCCCGCUGGCACUCGGACAGACCAGCGACAUUAAGUGGGUGUGUCCAGACAUCGAGCUGGGGGACUCGCAAGAGCUCCGGAAUUACAUGGAGAGGUUGAACGAGAACGCUACAAAGAACAUUGUAUAGAGCCGCUUAUAUUUUUUGUGGACGAAUGAGUAACUCUAACACACCCGAAUGCCUUCAGAGUAAGGAGGGAGUGAGGGGUGCGUUUUACUGAAACUGAUUGGCACUGUACCUCGCCAUGACAACAAGAUGGCAGCCAUUGUUGUUUCCAUUGUUACUAUCGGAAUGGUUGAGGAUCAGAAAUUAGGGGAAACUUGAAUGACACUUGUAUUAGUAGAUAUGUCUGCUCCCUGUCUUUAAUAAUAGAAAAGCUUGUUUCAUUUUGUUUUCACGCACAGCUCUCUUUGUUAACUUUUUAAAUCAUAAUUUCUUUAUCCUACUGUCUUUGAUGUUGUUAAGCAAUUACAUAGUCUAUGAGAGAAGUGUCCAAAGCUAUCAAAGUUGUAAAUAAGUUGAGGAGAGAGACUGGUUUGGAGUAUGAGAGACAAUAUUUUCUAACGUCUUUCUUUAGCCUGUCCUCCUUUUUGCAUUUAAUUUUGUUCUCCAGAGACCAACAUGCAUGUUACUGAAGACAAAGACAAAGCCUGUCUUAGUUCCUGUUGAUACAUCAGAAAUAAAUGUGUACAUACUGUAGAGUCCUCCCUAUGAGACACAUGCAUCUCUCACACACAUCCCUGUCAAAGACAUGACAUUCAUUGUAUAGCUGAGGUCUAGGUGUGUCUGUGUUUUCUUAUUCUUUCUUUUUUUUGUUUUAUCUUUCCUUAUUAUUAGAAGGCAACAGGAGUGUCUCCUUGCUGUUUGUGACAUUCUUUUGUUAUUUUGUUGUCACAGUAGUUGAUAUGAUUCCCUUGACUGUUUCCAAUUUCUAGGUUAAACCUGUAGCCUACAUGGAGAUUUUUACACUCCUGUAAUUAGUUCAAUUCUGAACCUACCUGUAAUUAGUGGUGAGCGUAACUGUUGGUGAGCGACAUCUUGUUAAAUCCCCAUUUGGUAUCUAUUUAUUCCACUUUCAGAUGGACCAUAAUCACUGCAGAUGAUUUCAGACUGAGCCAUAGAACCCAAACACAUAAUAUAGUACAGGUCAAUUACCAGAACCAAUGGUUGGUGCAGAUCAGUAUAGCAUAGUAGUAUAGGGAUGCAUUAAACUACACUCUAAUGACAUGAGCUGCUGAGUUCCAGAUUAAAUAGUGAUCCGCUCUGUGGCAAAACUACUGACGCGUCCAUCCCCAUCCCCGCCUCCCUCCCCAUCAAUCAGAUCAAUAGAUGUCCAUCCCUUACUGUUUUCAGAAUGGCAUCUAGAUUUGAUUAAAACUGAAGGUGAAACCUC